CCAUGAAUAAAUCGGACGCUGAGACUCCUCAGUUGUCUCGUGCCGCAAAAAUGGCUUCGAACAUUUACGAAGACCCGAGUUUGACGAUGAACGUGAAGUUCUGCAAAGGAGCCGGAGAGGACGGAGGACAGCGAGUUGAGAGACUGGUGGACAUCUACGACAGUGUGGACACUUUCACAGGCGGCCGUGUUUUAACACCGGAGAAAGGAGCAAACACUCAAAAGCAUCCUCCAGAUGUCCAGAGAAACCUCCUCAGAGCUGCUGCACUGGUUCUGGGUUUCCUCUGUGUCCUGCUGGGAGUUGCAGUCAUCGUCCUGUCUCAACGCCAUGUUUCUAUCACUCCGGAGAACAACGAGCUGAAGGAGCUGGAGAACAAAUACGACAACCUGAGCAAAUUGUACCACGAGUUACAGGAGACCGUCAACCAGACACAGGGGAACACCACAGUGAAUGCAGGAUGGAAGAGAUUUCAAUGCAGUUAUUACUACAAAUCUACUGAGAUGAAGAACUGGACAGAGAGCCGGAGAGACUGUUGGAACAGAGGAGCAGAUCUGGUGGUGAUCAGCAGCAGAGACGAACAGAGUUUUGUCAGCAAGCUGACUAAACCGGACGCUUCGUGGAUCGGUCUGCAGCCAGUGAGCGGUCAGUCCGUGGGAUGGGGAUGGGUGGACGGAUCAAUAUCAUCAUAUCUGCCCUGGAAGACCGGUGUGAAUGUAAAGCCUGAUGAUGGUUCCAGGUCCAGAGCAUUUGUGGGUCCUGAAGGAACAUGGCAACAAACCAACAAUGGAUCCAAACGAUGGAUCUGUGAGAAACAAUCUCACAGAGAAUCAAUCAAGUCUAACAUGUAAAUGUGAUCUUGACUUGAUUCACUUAAUUUCUCCCUCAACUUUUCAAAAGUUCGUUAUUCUCUCACUUAAAACAACGACAUAAUUAAGGGAAACUCAGAGAAAACUAACUAACCGCAUUACUGUAAAAGUACAACAACAGGCCAACAUGUUGAUGACUUAGAACACACCUGCGUACAGAGCAGUGAGGCUGAAGACGAGAGUAACUGAAGUGUGUUCAUGCUGUUUGGAUUUCACGGCCAUCUGCUCGAUAGAGUAUUCUUCUGUUAGUAACGGGCUCAGCUGUUACCCAGGGUGCACUAUGUUCUUCUGUUGGUAACGGGCUCAGCUGUUACCCAGGGUGAAACACAGAGGUCAAUCAGAGGAACCGAAACACAGAGGUUCUACAGUCAACCAAGCUAAAUGAAUGUGGGUGAAUCUAUCGCUAUGAAUAUUGUUGUUGCUGGUAGAAAAUCUGUAUUUCCAAAAUCAUCUUAUUUUGAACAAAGAAAGAAUAAAAUUAUUAUC